GGGCGACGAUGGCGGCAGCUGCUGCGGUGGCAGCGACGGUGCCCGAGCAGUCGAUGGGCGCGGACGGCGCGUCUUCGGUGCACUGGUUCCGCAAAGGACUACGGCUCCACGACAACCCCGCGCUGCUAGCUGCCGUGCGCGGGGCGCGCUGUGUGCGCUGCGUCUACAUCCUCGACCCGUGGUUCGCGGCCUCCUCGUCUGUGGGCAUCAACCGAUGGAGGUUCCUACUGCAAUCUCUAGAAGAUCUGGACACAAGCUUGAGAAAGCUGAAUUCCCGUCUGUUUGUAGUCCGGGGACAGCCAGCUGAUGUGUUCCCAAGGCUGUUCAAGGAAUGGGGGGUGACCCGCUUGACCUUUGAAUAUGACUCUGAACCCUUUGGGAAAGAACGGGAUGCAGCCAUUAUGAAGAUGGCCAAGGAGGCUGGUGUGGAGGUGGUGACUGAGAACUCUCACACCCUCUAUGACCUAGACAGAAUCAUCGAACUGAAUGGGCAGAAACCACCCCUUACCUACAAGCGCUUUCAGGCUCUCAUCAGCCGUAUGGAGCUGCCCAAGAAGCCAGUGGUGGCUGUGAACAGCCAGCAGAUGGAAAGCUGCAGAGCUGAGAUCCAGGAGAACCAUGAUGAUACCUAUGGUGUGCCUUCCCUGGAGGAACUGGGAUUCCCCACCGAAGGACUUGGCCCAGCUGUUUGGCAAGGAGGAGAGACAGAAGCUCUGGCCCGCCUGGAUAAGCACUUGGAACGGAAGGCCUGGGUUGCCAACUAUGAGAGACCUCGGAUGAAUGCCAAUUCUUUGCUGGCCAGCCCCACAGGCCUCAGCCCCUACCUGCGCUUUGGAUGCCUCUCCUGUCGCCUCUUCUACUACCGCCUGUGGGACUUGUACAAGAAGGUGAAGAGGAACAGCACACCCCCCCUCUCCUUAUUUGGACAACUCCUGUGGCGAGAAUUCUUCUACACAGCAGCCACCAACAACCCCAGGUUUGACCGAAUGGAGGGGAACCCCAUCUGCAUCCAGAUCCCCUGGGACCGCAACCCCGAAGCCCUGGCCAAGUGGGCCGAGGGCAAGACAGGCUUCCCUUGGAUUGACGCCAUCAUGACCCAACUGAGGCAGGAGGGCUGGAUCCACCACCUGGCCCGGCACGCCGUGGCCUGCUUCCUCACCCGCGGGGACCUCUGGGUCAGCUGGGAGAGCGGGGUCCGGGUAUUUGACGAACUGCUCCUGGAUGCAGAUUUCAGUGUGAACGCAGGCAGCUGGAUGUGGCUGUCCUGCAGUGCUUUCUUCCAACAGUUCUUCCACUGCUAUUGCCCUGUGGGCUUCGGCCGACGCACGGAUCCUAGUGGGGACUACAUCCGGCGAUACCUGCCCAAAUUGAAAGGCUUCCCCUCUCGAUACAUCUAUGAGCCCUGGAAUGCCCCCGAGUCGGUUCAGAAGGCCGCCAAGUGCAUCAUUGGUGUGGACUACCCACGGCCCAUCGUCAAUCAUGCAGAGACUAGUCGGCUCAACAUUGAGCGGAUGAAGCAGAUCUACCAACAGCUGUCAAGAUACCGGGGACUCUGUCUGCUGGCAUCUGUCCCUUCCUGUGUGGAAGACCUCAGUCACCCUGUGGCAGAGCCUGGUUCUAGCCAGGCUGGGAGCAUCAGCAACACAGGCCCCAGACCAGUAUCCAGUGGCCCAGCCUCCCCCAAACGCAAGCUGGAAGCAGCUGAGGAACCUCCUGGUGAAGAACUAAGCAAGCGGGCUAGAGUGACAGAGAUGCCUGCACAAGAGCCACCAAGCAAGGACUCCUGAGACUGGAGAGCCAUUGCUCCGUGAGCAAAGCCCGGGUGCCUGAGCUGCCACGGCCACAGAGAAACCAAUCACCAACAGACGAAUCGAGAGAGAGUGUGUGUGUGGAGGAAGGUGGGGUGUGCCAUUUGCGUGUGCAUGCAUCUGUUUACACUCUCAUGAUCCUGAAUGUAGCCUGGGCUAGGGAGUCCCUAGAUCAUGCCUUCUCACCAUGGCUGCUUCCUGACCUCCAGACACAAUACUAGAAGCCACAGCAGUGGCCUUCAGCCCAAAUCUGCCCCUGGAAGCCCCUAGCUCGAAUUCUGGUCUUUGCCUCCCCAGACUCUUCUUCCUCCCUCCUUUCAGACAAGGAGCUGGAAGGCCUCAUCUAAAGCAUGGCGUUUCAGAGGCAGCCAGAGUCCUGCUGACUGAGUUCCCACUUUCUGACACUAGAACCUGAGCAGGCUGGAGUAGAUAUGUCUCAUCCAGUCUUAAAUAGCCAGUCUUAUAAAAUCCCAUGCCCCUAGCAGGCUUCCCUGAUGUCUAAGACUACAGACUGGUGUGUUGUGUGCCCAGUACUACUUAUGUCAGCUUUAGACAGCAUAUCUGUCUUUGUAGAACCUUCUAGAAGCCAAGUGGGGAAUAGACUCCCAGUCUUCUGUCCCUUCCUUAGCAGCUAAGGUCCGGUCUCAGCCUUCUAGAAGCUGUGGACACGCCAGGGUCUGAGUUGGUGGAAGAAACCCAAGUCCCAUGGCUGAGGGCCUGUGGUUUGUCUGGCCAUACUCCUGACACCACAUGCUCCAGCAAGUACUGCUGAUACCCAGCCAGGCAAGCUGGACAGCCUGUCCUGCAGGCUUUGAGGGCCCACCCUGGACUAUUCAGCACCUACACUGCAGUGUCAGCUGUCUAGGACUGAGCUUCAGAGGGCUCAGACAGAGACUGAGGGGUGGAGCACUGCCUGGGGCAGUUGGUGAAAGGUUAGAGGUCACACCUGGCACACCAGCCCCUUUGCAGAGCAGCAGUGGAAAGUUUGACCUGAGAAGUCAAGCCUUGAUUUGCAGGAGAGCCCACUCUCCUGCCCACUCUUGGGUCACAGAGAAGGAUCUGGGCACCUCAGCACGUCUUCCUUCCACCCCGUGGCCUGCAGCUGAGCCACAAUGUAUGUGUGGAGAGAGAGAGAGAGAGAG